CGUGCGAGACCCGAGAGCGAAGGCACACAACGCAGCUCAGAGCAUGUCGCCUCCCGUCGCUGCGCCGCACCGUGGGAUCCGCCGUCGACCUUCCACACUGUUAACAUGAAGCCACAGCGCCUGUGUUUGAUGACGCCUUUCCUCACUAUGCUCGAGCCGGAGGUCUAACGAGACACAACUUGGCACAGGCUUGUCGUUUGCUGCUGCCGCCGCUGCUGGAGCUGUUUGUUUGCAGAGAAAGUGUGAAACAAGUGUCAGCGAGAGAGCAACAGAUGUUUUUGGUGGAAAAUGCGUCCGUCUGAGGAAUGAGAGCAGCAGCGAGGCACCGGCGGCCCUUCCAGCGGUUCUGCUGCUGUGGAGUCGGGCUGGUCGCGGUCAUGUGGCUCGUUCAGGUCACCCAGGCACCAGAGACGGAGUCUUCUGGCUCCCGGCCGGGCGCCAACGGGGGAGAGCUGCGAUGGACUCGCCGGCUGAUGCAGGACAAGUCGGACAACCAGAGUGUGGAUCAGCCGCGAGCAGCCAUCCACGAGUUUCCAGAGGACAUCUUUACAAAGGAGCAGAGGAAGAAGGGGGCCGUUUGUCUGCAUGCACUGUGUGCCAUCUACAUGUUCUACGCCUUGGCCAUCGUCUGUGACGACUACUUUGUCCCAUCCCUUGAAAAAAUAUCGGAGAACCUGCAGCUCAGUGAAGAUGUGGCUGGUGCGACAUUCAUGGCGGCAGGCAGCUCGGCUCCCGAGCUUUUUACCUCUCUCAUUGGUGUGUUCAUCACCAAGGGAGACGUGGGAGUCGGUACCAUCGUUGGCUCUGCCGUCUUCAACAUUCUGGUCAUCAUAGGCCUGAGUGGGAUCUUUGCAGGCCAGACAGUGGUUUUGACGUGGUGGUCGCUUUUUAGAGAUUCAUCCUACUACAUCCUCUCUGUACUGGCCCUCAUCAUGGUUAUCUACGAUGCCACAGUUGUCUGGUGGGAGUCACUGCUCCUCGUGACUAUGUAUGGGAUCUACAUUAUAAUCAUGAAGUUUAACUCCCAGCUUCUGGCGUUUGUGACCCGUCGUCUCAGGGGUCCCGGGCCGUGCUGCCUCGGGUCAGAGAAUCUCACGGACGACAAGGCGGGAGAGGAGGCCUCUGCCUGCAACACCUCCAUGGUGCUUCUCAACAAAGGUCAAGGCAAUGGUCAGGAGGCUCCUCCAGUCAUCAUGGUGGACGAGCUUCUUAUCCUCAACCCCCACAAGUUGUCCUUCCCUGACGCUGGCCUACGCAUCAUGAUGACGCCCCACUUCUCCCCCCGCACCAGGCUCUCCAUGGCCGGGCGCAUGCUCAUCAGCGAGAGACAGAGGCUCGUCCAGAGUUCAAAGAAUCAGCGGGAUGGCGAGACGAGCCCCGGGUCCCGAGCUGGAUCAACCAGUAACAGUCUGAAGAGGACGGGCUCGUGCACUCUGGAGAACGGAGGCAGGACACCGGUGGCAGGAGCCACCGAGUCGGGAGAAAAGCAUGGAGUCGAGUUGGGCCUGACGGAGGAGGAGGAGGAGGAUUAUCACCGGAUAUUCAGCCCUGUGCGCAUACCAGGUAGCUGCUGUGCGCGGGUGACCUGGAUGAUCAAGUGGCCUCUUGGCCUCCUGCUCUACUGCACCGUGCCCAAUUGUAUUCUGCCACGCUGGCACCGCUGGUUCAUGGUCACCUUUGUGGCCUCCACCCUGUGGAUCGCUAUCUUCUCCUACCUCAUGGUGUGGAUGGUGACUAUCAUCAGUUACACACUAGACAUCCCAGACUACAUCAUGGGCAUAACGUUCCUGGCAGCAGGGACCAGUGUGCCGGACUGCAUGGCCAGUCUGAUUGUGGCUCGACAAGGCAUGGGAGACAUGGCGGUGUCUAACUCCAUUGGCAGCAAUAUCUUUGACAUCCUGCUGGGUUUGGGUUUCCCGUGGGCUUUGCGUACCCUUGUGGUGGAGCACGGAUCAUCAGUCUCCAUAAAUAAUAAAGGACUUGUGUAUUCUGUCGUCCUGCUGCUGGCAUCCGUGUUUCUGACGGUGACGUGUGUUCAUCUGAACCACUGGAGGCUGGAUCGCCGACUGGGUCUGGGGCUGUUGUUCCUUUAUGCCAUUUUCCUGCUAUGCUCCAUCCUCUUUGGGCAGAUGUGAGGCCCUACGGUCAAAGGUCAUCAUCGCCCUUCACACUACGUGAUGAGAACACGAUGAGUACCUCGCUUUCUACCACACGUCCUCUUCCCCGAAGCCAAAAAAGAGCGACAGCAUUGUUGUGUUCCUGUGAGAGUUUCUGUGCACUACUGAACACAUGCGGCUACACAACUCAAGUCCUUUAUCAAUAGCACAAUUCCUCUCCUAUUUGUACAGUACUGCGUCGUUAGAGUAUCAAUUUGGGUGACUUCCCAAAAUAUAUAAUGACAUGGUAGAUGUAAAGUAGCUGGCUUGUAAUAUAUAUAUAAUAGUAUAAUAAUAUAAUAUAAUAUAACGUGGAAAAAGAAGUGACAGCAACAAAAGAAACGUCACCACUAGUUAAUUAAAGCAAUAAGCCAUUCUAAUUGGAGAGUCUCGCUUGGUGUCUUGGUGACUUUUAUCUUUUAAAUGUAUAAUAUUGUUUAUUUUAUUGCUCUGAAGGCUGCUGCAGCCCCGCUAAAUAACCACAGGGUUAUAAAUGAGUUGAUGUCAUCAACAACACUGCAAACAGAAGUUAUUUAUUAUAAGGAGUCUGUUCGGUUUCUGUUGGUGAGGAGUGCUAAAUAGUGUGUACAUCUCUGGAAACAGGACACAGUGUGAGAAUGUACAGCUGCAGUUGUAAUUCACGGAAGGAGAAAUGACAGACUAGCCAAAAGAAAGCACAAUUGUCUAGGACCAGGAUGUAUAAGACCUGAAAUCCAUUGUUGCUUCUGGUGAAACUGGAUAAUGUCUUAAUUUGAAGAAACAAAUAAAGUUGCCUCAAUGAUUUGAGGAAUAUGCUGAGGUUAGUUUCGGUAAAGUUUGAACCCUUUCUCUCUGCAUUUCGUACAGAUAUUAACAGAUGGUACUUUAAUCUGCCGUGUCAUGCUUGGACCUAUUGUUCAAGGUAAAAUAAGUAGCAGAUUGAAAUAGUCUGUUGGCCUGUAUGUUUUAAAUGUAGAACCUGUACCUUAAGUGUGGAGAUUUUUACAUCCAUUUAAAAGUAGCAGACGGCACUGAAUUACAGCAACGCACCUCCGAACCGAUGGUUUAGACUUUACUCCUACAAUAAAUGACAGCAUGUAUGUGUCACUAGACCUUUAGAACAUACACAUUGAUAUGAAAAUGCACAUUAUUGUGACAAUAUUGACAAUUUGGUCAAACUACUUAUAAGCAAGUAUUGGUACAGCCUAAUGUACGUAAAAAGAUUGACGUAGUGUUACAGUAUUUUUAGAUUAAUAUAUAAGGGACUUCUAUGAGUAUCACGAUCUUUGAUGACUUUGAGUGCAGGUUAGCUGUAAAACGUCACGUUUAGGUACGACAAUCGGUGUUUGUAUUGUUUCUUGUACAUUUUAUGAGAUUAUUUAACUUUGGUGGAAUAUUUUUACUCUGAUCGGAACAUUAUGUACAGAUGAUGCUGUAUAUUCUGUAUGUGUAUACACAUUGAGAUCAUCUGAGACUAAAUGUUCCACCAAAGGGAACAGGGCAGUUUUUUCAAAUGGCUGCAUUAUUGUUAUUAUCUUCUCGACAACACUUUUUACUGUUUGUAAAUGUUGAAUAAUUGACAUAGUUUUACAAUAAUGAAUGUCAUACAGAGACUAGUUUUGUGAUGUUUUUGAUAUUUUUAAAAGAGAAUCCGUAUAAUCUAAGCCUAAUUGUGAAUUAUUGUAACAAGAUGAAUGCAUGUCUGUUUGUUUGGUGGAAUUUGAAGGCUGUUCUAUCAGACUAGCACUGAUUUUAUGAGGUGUGAAUUCAAUUGCAGUUGUCUUGAACUCUUUUCAGCACUAAGAUCUUUUAUUACAGUAUUGAUUCAUUGACAACCUUAAUUCAUGCAAGACAAGAGACAGAAAAUGAAGCUCCCGUUUACAGGUUUGAAUUGGGUUUAAAAGACCAACAACAAAGCUAUUAAUUAGUUAAUUGUUUGAAUCUUUGAUCACGCAAAACUGUAAUUUGCAGCUUAUGAAAUGUGAGGAUUUUCUCUUGAGGAAGGUUGACAAUAGAAAACAUUUUUUUUUUCUUUCCUGCUUUUUUAGUUAGCAUUGUUUAGCAUUUGUGAGAGAGUGCCACUUUGAUGUACAUCCUCAACCAUCAUUAACUGAUUGUGUAUUUCCAGCAGCUUAUGACGCUAAAUUGUCCUUUCACUCAGCUGUCGGUAGUCUCUCCUGUAAACUCUUGUAUUCAGAUCCACUAAUAAUCUCAAUACGCUAGUCAUUGCUACUGAGGGACACAACAGCACCAAAGCAAACAGUUGAAUUCCAGUACUUCUGCUUCUCAAAGAAUGUUCUCUUUAUUCUGCUGGGAUUUUAGGAGGUAGUGGCUGUUUAAGAGGUGAAAUGUGUUGCUUAGAGGUCGUAUUGGAUCAUAGAAGAUGUAUCUUGAGACCAAUAAAUAACGUGCAAUAACAAUUGACCUCUCUCACCUGUUAUU